AUGAAAGCUUCAGGAGGCGAGUUGGGAUGGUUGACCUGGCCAUAUGAAGAAGGGGUGAGUAGUUACCAUACCAUGUAGUGAGAAAAUAUAAGGAUUGUAGUAGUCUAACCAGAUGGAUGGUCUACACAUGAUACACCAGAUGGUGUGAAACGUAGGCUAGAUGUCCCACAAUGGAGAUUCCAAGCCACAUUUUAAGUUGCAGAUUUUUAAAAGGUCACGUGCUUUCCAGACGAAUAGCAUGCAAGACAUUCUCUCUGCUCUCAUUCCUUCAGAACAGUUUUCUGGGAAAGAUGGAAUGACUGGCAGCUCGCAAAGUUUUGGCAAAGCUAGCCUACACUGGUUUUAGAGCAACCCUUUCAUAAUACAACUAUGAAUGUCAUAAAAAUGUCAGCGUAAGAGCUGCAUCUGAAUUUACAGGACAAAAGUACAUUUUCUAACUGAAAAUAGCCAACAGGUUGUUAUCAUUCCAACACUAUUCCACAAAAACCUUUUGUUGUUGUUGUAGUGAUAUACAUUUGGGAGGUUCUUGUCAGUCAAAGUAGAACAUAAGACUGAGGGAGGUAGAAAGAAAGAGAGACGGGUUGGAGGGGGAGAGAGGCAUCCCUCUAUCUAUAGUUGUGUGGUUGACUGUCUAAAAAAAGCAACAGGACGUGGUCAGCGUCAGUGCGCUGACUGCUUUUCUUUUGUGACCGUGAAGUUUACAGAUCUUCCAAUUCAUUCUCUAUGUAUUGGGUAGGAUUCCCCCCUAUUUUAUGAUGUUUUGUCUAUUCUCACCAAACUUCCUCAAACUUAUGAAACACAUUUAAAUUUGACUUUGGAGUGGAUGUUUUAAUAAUGCACUUGUCCUUGUCUUUGAUUUUUAAUAAUGCAUUUGUCCUUGUCUUUGAUAUAUAUAUAGGUGACGAGAACAUAAUCCCCUUAAUCUUACUCUCAUUCUCUUAAAACCCUCUCUCUCCUUCCUUCACUUGUUGUGUCUUGCCCUGUACAUUGUGUAAACUAAACCUCUGUUCUCUCUCUGUUUCAGUGGGAGAUAGUCCAGACAGUGGUGAAUGGCUCCCUCCUCUACACUUACAGUGUGUGUAACAUCGACGCGGGUGAGCAGGACAACUGGCUGCGAACCACCUUCAUCCAGGGGCGCCCAGGGACCACCCGCGUCUCUGUGGAGCUCCACUUCGUCGUGCGGGACUGCAACACCUUCGACGGCGCCUCGCUCGCCUGUAAAGAGACCUUCAACCUGCACAUGUUCGAGGCCGAUGCCGACGUGGGCACCAGCUUCCAUAAGGGCCAGUUCCGCAAAGUGGCCACCAUCGCGCCGGAUGAAAUCACACGGGGCCGCGGUGCGCUGAAGGUAAACGUGGAGACACGGACAGUGGGCCCUCUGUCCAAGAAGGGCUUCUACCUGGCCUUCCAGGACAUGGGAGCGUGUGUGGCACUGCUCUCGGUGAGGGUGUACUAUAAGACGUGUCCGUCCACCGUGCAGAGCCUGGCCGCCUUUCCAGAGACGGUGGCAGAUGCCCUGAGGGAGGUGGAGGGAACAUGUGUGGAGAACGCUGUGAGCCAGGCCACCCCACGCAUCUACUGCACCGCUGAGGGAGAGUGGGUGGUUCCUGUGGGACAGUGCCAAUGCCGCGCAGGCUAUGAAGCUGUCGGAGACUCCUGCCAAGGUAAGACUACAGCCAGGCUUCACAUAAUGCAUCUUCCUGCACAUCCCAACCCCCUACCUGUUGGAAUGUUGGGUGUUAGUUUUCAACAGCAGCUGUAUUUACAGAAGCGCAAGGCCUAACCACCACCCUGGCUGGGUUUGAGAAAUGACUGCACACAGUGCACAGGAAUGUUAAUUGUGAUUUCAAACACCUCACAGACAUGAAUGUUAAUUGUGAUUUCAUACACCUCACAGACAUGAAUGUUAAUUGUGAUUUCAAACACCUCACAGACAUGAAUGUUAAUUGUGAUUUCAAACAUCUCACAAACAAAAAUAAAAAGCAGUGCAUUUUUCUGGCGAACUAGGUCAGGUGUAGAAGGAUUUACAGGAAUGAAUGUAGAGAAAACAGUGAAAGGUAUUUGGACAUGUUUUUCUUUGUUUUGACAGCAAUAAUACCGGCAGAGGUUUAGGAUUGUCACACUAUUUCCAAACAUAAUAUUCGAGAGGGACUGUGUGUGGGAGAAUGUGGCAGAGGUACAAGGCAUAAGGGACGUUUGGGGAAGUUUUGACUGCUGUAAAGAGCACUCGUGGUCAUGAAUCAUCCUACCUGUUAGUGUUGGCCAACAUCUUCUUUCCACUGUGUUUGUCUCUAAGGACUUAGAGUGCUCUUUAGGGUGGGGUGAGGAGGAUACUGUUUUAUGGACAAGGAAAAAUGUAAGAGGGAAAUCUGUUAUAGACAAUAGGGGCAUGAGGCUUAAAAGGUUGUCGUUUAAGGAGGAAUGUUGGGAGGGAGGAACAUUACAUGACUGUAUGCUCAGUGAACUGUGGGGAUUUCUGAAAGGAAUUCGUUUGCCCUCACGUCUCCUCCCGUACUGAUUGGCUAAGGAGAGCUGUGUGACUUGAUGUGCCGACUGAAGAGUACCUUAGCAGUGUGUUUUCUCCACACAGCUAUUUGUGUAGCCAUGGCUGCGGCGAACCACAGAUUACAGGAACUGUGCUGUCACGCCCAUCUCAGUCAGGAACUUUAUACUGAGUCAGUCUUUGGUUUAGGACGGGACAAGAGGCUCCCUUGUUGAAGCCAGAGAUCCUGGUCACAUUGGGUGGUAUAACUACUUGGAUUGUAUCCCUUUGACUCCCUAUUACAGUAGAAUAUAGGCCAAUAGGCUAGGUAACCAGGUUAACUCAUAGAUCUAUGGAUUUCACAUGACUGGGCAGGAGCGCAGUCAUGGGUGGGCCUGGGAGGGCAAUGGCCCACCCACUUGGAGACAAUAAAAGGCCACUCUAAAAUGUGCCGUUUUUUCGCCCAAACAAUGCCACAGAUGUCUCAAGUUUUGAGGGAGCUUGCAAUUGGCAUGCUGACUGCAGGAAUGUCCACCAGAGCUUUUGGUAGAUAAUUUAAUGUUCAUUUCUCUACCAUAAGCCGCCUCCAACGUCAUUUUAGAGAAUUUGGCAGUACGUCCAACCAGCCUCACAACCGCAGACCACGUGUAACCACGCCAGCCCAGGACCUCUACAUCCGGCUUCUUCACCUGCAGGAUCGUCUGAGACCAGCUGAUGAAACUGAGGAGUAUUUCUGUCUGUAAUAAACUCAUUCUGAUUGGCUGGGCCUGGCUCCCCAGUGGGUGGGUCUGGCUCCCAAGUGGGUGGGCCUAUGCCCUCCCAGGCCCACCCAUUGGCCAAAUUCGGCCCACAGGCCGCCAGUUGGGGAACCCUGUCAUAGAUUGUCAUGUUGUUACCUUACUACAAUAAAAAUACGUUUACAUUUAUUUUAACAUUGAGAAAGUAUUCCACCAUAACAUAGCUCCAAGCCUGAGGAAGAGUACCUCAAAGGGUCUGAUAGUUCCAAGCGAAGGGGGAAGGCCAAGCUCAGGAAUGUUCCAUGUCCAGGACAAUUGGCAUAAGCAUCUGUCAGUGCUGCUGUGAAUUGCAUCACAAGAGACAUGUCAAACAGAAGAUGUAUAAAAAAAAUACAUUAUUGCUGCAAUUUCAAUGUUGUUUGAGUUGCUUUGUGUAUCACCACAUUUGCUUGAGAUGAUUUUACUGCAACACUGCUCACUGCAUCCAAGUUUCUUGACAUAGGCAUUUCAAAGAGCUGUCAGUCAAGGCGAGCUCAUGAAUAUAAGCUCCCCGCCCACUCAGCCUGUCUAGUCAAACUUCCUAGUAGUUAGCCAUGAGAGAAAAAAAUAAAUAAUUCUCAAACAUUUUAGCAUUUCGACCCCCAAAAAAUAUUGUGGGUGAUAUUUUAGUAAUUCAAACGACCAUUUUACAUGGGAAUCAGAAUUACUAUUUGGGACCUUUUAAAUUUUUUAUUUUUUUAAACGAGGACAAAGGCAGAAAAGACCCAAACAGGUUGACAUGACAAACUUGUUCAGUUCAUUAUUAUACUGAUUUCUGACACUGAGUCAUAUCCUACUUCUCUGUGUAGUCAAGCAGAAACACGUUCCUGUCAAUGGCAAGGGAUUUAUGGGAUAUCACUAAAGGUCCAGAGAAUAUCUGCUGGGAACGAGGAAUUAAAGGGGAAUAUUGGGCCAGGCUGACUCAAAUAAGAUGGUUGUCUGUGACUCAGUGUGAAGUCAUGAGGGAGGGGAGUUGGUGGUUAGUGGACAGUUGACGGGCGCAUGAGAGGUUGGUUAGUUAGAUGCGUGGAACCGCCAGGUACUUAGUUAAUUUAGUCAAGAGGCUUAGUGUGGAGUAAGAGGGCAGCUUUUCGCGAAUGAUAUGCCCUGCUUCACUCCUCUUUGCUCUUUCAUCCGGUCAUUAACACACGCAAUGAGCUCCCUAAUCCUUGUUCCCACUCAUUAGAACAAUGGGCCGACACAGAGAUCAAAACACAGAUUAAAUGAACAGAUGCAUUACUGCCACCACCACUCCAUUCAUUCAUAAAGAGCACCGCCGUGUCGAAAGGGACCGACCAGGACAAUGUGAGGCAUUAUUUCAGUCCAAGGUCCCACUUUCAGUCAAAAAAAUUUUUAUUUCCUUAGUUUGUAAGAAUAUUAAAAAAAAAAUAUCUUACCGAUUCAUCAAUAACAAACAACCACAUUAAUGUGUAAUAUUUGUCAAAUAAUUUUUUUGUCUUCUAAAGUUUCACUCACUGAAAUUCAAACAUUAUCAGGGUGAUCUUGAAAGAUUGCUGUCAUGUCACUGAUAUAUGCAGUGCACAUGCCACCAUUUUAGGGCUCUAAUGACUAAAUGCAACAUAUUUUAUGGAACCACUCAGUCCAAUCCCAAUCACAAUAGAUGAAAAGGGGUGGGGGUGCUUUGAUAUGUGGCAGGAGUCCUGCUGCUCGUUCUCCAGAUGAAACAGGCUGGCCUCCUUUUUUUAUGCGUGAGGAGCCUUAUACACCCCCACACUCCCAGAGUGAUUCCCCAGAGAGAACUUCUGUUGGUACUUUAGACCCUAACCCAUCCCCCCAUCCAUCCAUCCAUCCAUCCAUCCAUCCAUCUAUUCUUCUCAAUCCCCCCUACUCAAACUCAAAACUCAUCUCCAUUGUUCUAUUGUGGGGCUGGUUGUAACGCAGAGGUCCUUCUGCCAUGGUGGUUAAGUCACCGGCAGAUCCCUCUUGUCCAUCACAGGUCACCCUCUUCACUAUCGAGGCCUGAUGAAAGACUGAUCCCCUGGGGAGACAUUAGAACAAAGGGCGAGAGAGAGGAGAUCGCUUCUUAAAGUAAACAGUCUUCAUUCCCAUCGAUCCUCCUUUAAAAGAUGGUAUUGAUUUAGGCUCCUUCAACACGGUCGGUCAACAACAUCUCCCCUCUAGCAGUUCUACUUCCUCCAGACUUCCACUCCCUUGCUCCAUCCUUGCGCGUUGUCAUUUGCCACCAGAGGAAGGGAGGAAGGAAGGAAGCAAAGUUUCAGACUUGCAAUCCUUGCAUCCUGGUUUAUGUCCAAUACAAACACACACACACACACACACUAACCCCACAAGUUCCGGAAUGGAAGGUAAAUUUUUUCUUUAUAUCCUACAGGUCAAUUGAAUAUCCUCAGCAGUAACCAUGUUGGUAUUUCCGUUAGGCUCCUCAAACAAUAGCCACAUCAGCAUUCACAGUGCUGAUUUUAGAGUUCAAAAGGGAAAGGUUGUACAGAGGGAUCAUCUGCUGUGUUGAGUGUUUCCAUGGCAUCCGGUUGACUGUCAGUGCAACUUGAGAAUGGAACUUGAGGCGAAAAGGACAAGUGGAGGCAAAUCAUCCGGAAAAUCCCAUUCCAUUCUGUUUAAAUACAAAGCCUCAGUGAUUACAGUUUAACCACAGCCUGAGUUUCCUGACAAGCCCCAGGGGACUGACAGAGAUAAUGUUUUAAUGUAUUGUAACUCAAUCACACACUCUUUCCCUAGUGUACGUGUGAAUACUAAUAAUACUAUAACUAAUAAGCAUCUUCCUGUUUCUUUCAGCGUGUAUGCCAGGCUCCUUUAAAGACUCUGUGUCCAGUGAGUCCUGUGAGGUUUGUCCUGAGAAUACUGAGCCAUCCACAGCCGGCGCCCUCCUGUGUCCAUGUAUGGAGGGAUUCUACCGCUCCCCAUCAGACCCUCUUAUGUCAGCCUGCUCUGGUAAGAACCAUGGCCAGAUAGUCGGCUACAGCCAGGCCUAUCACUAACAAAGGGUUAGCCAAUUCUACAGCCAUUCCUUAUUUUAUCAUGUGUCCUCAUAGGCUAUACUCAUAGGCUAUACUCAUAGACUAUACUCAUAGGCUAUACUCAUAGGCUAUACUGUCUUUAUGUCAUCAUCAUUGUUGAUAGAGGGAUCUGAGCAUUGUUCAUCUGGUGUAUUAACAUUUGGAAUGUCUCAUAAUAACUCUGUCUACUUUCUGCCUCCUCCUUUAGCCCUGCCCAGCGCCCCUCGUGACCUGGCCUCCACCACUCUGUCAGUGGAGGGCAGGCUGCAGCUGUCCUGGAGCCCCCCACUGGUGACAGGAGGCCGCCGGGACAUCUGCUACAGCGUGGUGUGUGAGCGCUGUGCCGGGGCCCUGUGCGUGCCCUGUGGGGAGAAGGUCCGCUUCGAUCCCGGCCCCAUGGAUCUCCAGGAUCCUGUGGUAACUGUCAGCGAGCUGGAGCCUCACCUCAACUACACGUUCACUGUAGAGGCCCGCAGCGGAGUGUCCCAGUACAGCAGGCAGAGAGCCAGCAGCACCAUCACCACCGCUCUGCACUUCACUGAUCCCCCCAAGGUGACGUCCAUCCGUCUGGACGAGCGGAGCCCCACCAGCCUGUCUCUGUCCUGGGCUCUGUCCCGCCGAGCACCAUACCAUAUCAGCCACCGCUACGAACUCAUGUACCGCAGGAAGGUAAGACAGACAACAACACCACCCUCUCUCUUCUAUCUCUCCAUGUCAGUCCCACAUUAAACACAACAUAUAUAUAAUAGUAUUAGUAUAUCUCUAUAGUGAACCCCCUCUCAGUGCUCCUCUCUCUCUCUCUCUGUCCUGUGCAGGAGGACGACAGUGAGCGUGAUGUCACUACAUACACGGUCCUGGUUCUGGAGAAGAGUACGGUGCAGAUCAGUGACCUCUCCCCUGACACGGCCUACGUGUUCAGAGUCCAGGCUCUCAGCCCUGAGGGAAACCCAGGGGGAUACAGCAUGAAGCAUGAGUUCAAGACCUUGCCCAUUGGUAAGUGUGGCCCUAGAAACUGGAGACACCACACUAUGUUUGUCUCUAAUAUCCAGGCAAGACGUUUUAAAAUGUGAGUGUAUUGUGAUCUAACUGUGUUGUCUGGUUGUGUUUCAGCAGAGUCUCAGGUCCAGAACAACUCCACAGUGGUUAUGGGAGCUGUAGUAGGAGGAGGAAUCAUGUUGCUCGUCGUUGUAGUCAUUCUACUGCUGCACAAACGGUUAGAACACACUGAUCCUAUCAUAUCCCUCUGUCCUAAGAUGUAGUUCACAUUUGGUAUUUCAUUACAUUUCCAUUUUAGUCAUUUAGCAGACGCUCUUAUCCAGAGCGACUUACAGUUAGUGCAUUCAUCUUAAGAUAACUAGGUGGGACAGCCACAUACUGUAUCUCAGUCAUAGUAAGUAAAGGUUUUCUUAAUAAAGUAGCUAUCAGCAAAGUCAGUGCUAGUAAGGGGGGGAAAGGUCAAGCGCGAGUGUUCAUAGACAAAAUGCAAUUUUUUGUAUUUUUUAUAUUAGUAUUUUUUUAUAUUUGUUUAUAUUUUUGUGUGUGUGUGGGGGGGGGGGGGGGGGGGGGGGGGGGUGCUGUGGGUUUAUUACGGGUGGGUCACAGGCCCGAGCUGAUUGAGAUUGUAAUGCCAUGUCAUCUCUAAGAGGGUUUUAUCAGUAACAGCCAGAGUAGCUGUUAAAACCUGUAACUGCAGCUGACAGGGUCUGUGGUGAAGAUGAUGCAGGCCUUACUGAUACGGCAGCCUGCCUGUGAUCAAGUGGGUUUUAAAAGCAUCAUGAACACUGUUCAACCCAGAGAGGGCACCAAAAAAAAGGGAAUCUACGUGUCUCUAGCAAAACUGGUCUAGUCACCACAGGAAACAGGUUUAUGGGUCUCCAUGCUAUUUAGUUAAAGUAACUGCCCAGUGUUUCCAGAUUUCUAUAAAAUACUUACUUAGGGAAAUAGUUUUCCUUCCAAUAGUUUUAAAAUUAAGUAUGUUAAAAAGCAGCUCUGUGUUGGAAUGGUGUGGGUGUACCCCAACAACAGAAUGUUGUGGACGUAUACCAGUCAUUAAAAAUAUUAAUGCAAGUUGUCUGGACCUAUGGCAGUCUCUAUGGGGGUGCCACAGGGUUCAAUUCUUGGGCCGACUCUUUUCUCUGUGUAUAUCAAUGAUGUUGCUCUUGCUGCUGGUGACUCUCAGAUCCACCUCUACGCAGACGACACCAUUUUGUAUACAUCUGGCCCUUCAUUGGACACUGUGUUAACAAACCUCCAAACGAGCUUCAAUGCCAUACAACACUCCUUCCGUAGCCUCCAACUACUCUUAAACACAAGUAAAACUAAAUGCAUGCUCUUCAAUCGAACGCUGCUGGCACCCGCCCACCCGACUAGAAUCACUACUCUCGACGGGUCUGGCCUAGAGUAUGUGGACAACUACAAAUACCUAGGUGUCUGGUUAGACUGUAAACUCCUUCCAGACUCACAUUAAGCAUCUCCAAUCCAAAGUUAAAUCUAGAAUCGGCUUCCGAUUUCGCAUCAAAGCCUCCUUCACUCAUGCUGCCAAACAUGCCCUUGUAAAAUUGACUAUCCUACCGAUCCUUGACUUUGGCGAUGUCAAUUACAAAAUAGCCUCCAACACUCUACUCAGCAAAUUGGAUGUAGUCUAUCACAGUGCCAUCCGUUUUGUCACCAAAGCCCCAUAUACUACCCACCACUGUGACCUGUACGCUCUUGUUGGCUGGUCCUCACUACAUAUUCGUCGCCAAACCCACUGGCUCCAGGCCAUCUAUAAAUCACUGCUAGGCAAAUCCCCGCCUUAUCUUAGCUCAUUGGUCACCAUAGCAACACCAACCCGUAGUAUGCGCUCCAGCAGGUAUAUCUCACUGGUCAUCCCCAAAGCCAACACCUCCUUUGGCCGCCAUUCCUUCCAGAUCUCUGCUGCCAAUGACUGGAACGAACUGCAAAAAUCUCUGAAGCUGGAGACUCUUAUCUCCCUCACUAACUUUAAGCAUCAGUUGUCAGAGCACCUUACCGAUCACUGUAAUUAGCCCACCCAACUACCUCAUCCCCAUAUUGUUAUUUAUUUAGCUCAUUUGCACCCCAGUAUCUCUAUUUGCACAUCAUCUCUUGCACAUCUAUCAUUCCAGUGUUAAUACUAAUUGUAAUUAUUUUGCACUAUGGCCUAUUUAUUGCCUUACCUCCAUAACAUGCUACAUUUGCACACACUAUAUAUAUUUUCUGUUGUAUUUUUGACUUUAUGUUUUGUUUUACCCCAUAUGUAACUCUGUGUUGUUGUUUUUAUCGCACUGCUUUGCUUUAUCUUGGCCAGGUCGCAGUUGUAAAUGAGAACUUGUUCUCAACUGGCUUACCUGGUUAAAUAAAGGUUAAAUAAAAAAAUAAAAAAAGACCGCUGAUUGGCCAGCUCAUCCUCCUCAGGGAGAUGACAUCAUGUUCUAUGAGGAAAUAGCAAGCAUUUUUUAAACAAUCUGUUUGAGAUACAGGUUUAAGGUGUGGUUUUUGACGUUUUUUCUUCUCCAAUUUAUGCUUUGGCCACAAAUACGAGUAUAGGACGAGUCAACAACAUUAUCUGGAUAUGAGUUAACAGAAUAUUAACUUUUAAAAGUUAGAUUUUCACUGUGCAGUUUAAUGAUGCCUUACAUAAUAAGAAUGUCUUAACAUUGCAUUUUGUCUGGCCAAUCCUAAUAGUGACUGUGCUUCCUAACAGGAGAAUGAACUACCGUCAUAGACAGGGAUCAGAGGACCCCUACUUCUCCAGCACAGGUAGGAAUCACAGCAUCCAAGAAAUACACUACAUGACCAAAAGUAUGUGGACACCUGCUCGUCGAACAUCUCAUUCCAAAAUCAUGGGCAUUAGUAUGGAGUUGGUCCCACUUUGCUGCUAUAACAGCCUCCGUUCUUCUGGGAAGGCUUUCCACUAGAUGUUGGAACAUUGAUGCAGGAACUUGCUUCCAUUCAGCCACAAGAGCAUUAUUGAGGUCGGGCACUGAUGUUGAGCGAUUAGGCCUGGCUCGCGGUCUGCGUUCCAAUUCAUCCCAAAGGUAUUAGAUGAGAUUGAGGUCAGGGCUUUGUGCAGGCCAGUCAAGUUCUUCCACACGAUCUCGACAAACCAUUUCUGUAUGGACCUCGCUCUGUGCACAGGGGCAUUGUCAUGCUGAAACAGGAAAGGGCCUUUCCCAAACUGUUGCCACAAAGUUGGAAGCACAGACUCGUCUAGAAUGUCAUUGUAUGCUGUAGCGUUAAGAUUUCCCUUCACUGGAACUAAGGGGCCUAGCCUGAACCAUGAAAAACAGCCCCAGGCCAUUAUUCCUCCUCCACCAAACUUUACAGUUGGCACUAUGCAGUAGGGCAGGUAGCGUUCUCCUGGCAUCCGCCAAACGCAGAUUCAUCCGUCGGACUGCCAGAUGAUCCAUCACUCCAGAGAACGAGUUUCCACAGCUCCAGAGUCCAAUGGCGACGAGCUUUACACCACUCCAGCCAACGCUUGGCAUUGCGCAUGGUGAUCUUAGGCUUGUAGCUCCCGGCUAACAGUUAUUUUGCUGACAUUGCUCCCACAGGCAGUUUGGAACUUGGUAGCGAGUGAUGCAACCGAGGACAGACGAUUUUUACGCGCUUCAGCACUCGGCCAUCCCAUUCUGUGAGCUUGUGUGGCUGAGCCGUUGUUGCUCCUAGACGUUUCCACUUCACAAUAACAGCACUUACAGUUGACCGGGGCAGCUCUAGCAGGGGAGAAAUUUGACGAACUGACUUGUCUAUGGAGAUUGCAUGGCUGUGUGCUUGAUUUUAUGCACCUGUCAGCUGAAAUAGCCAAAUCCACUAAUUUGAAGUGGUGUCCACAUACUUUUUUAUAUAUAGUGUAUGUCCCUCUAUUACAACAGCGAUGUGCCUUACCAAAGAGAUUAUCUCCCAUCUUCAAUUUCCUCCUUGACUAAUUGUCUUUCACACUUCCUCAGAUCAACUGAAGCCCCUGAAGACCUACAUUGACCCGCACAUGUACGAAGACCCCAACACGGCUAUCCUGAAGUUUGCCAGCGAGAUUCAUCCCAGUCUUGUCACUAAGCAAAAAGUCAUCGGAGCAGGUAAAUGUCAAACCAGUUUACAGUAAUAUUUAGAACAAAUCUCUCUGAUCCCCUCCCCCAAGAAGAAUGUUGCUAUAUUAAUAUGAUUCUCUCUGUGUGUGUUUCUGUUUCACAGGAGAGUUUGGGGAAGUGUACCGUGGUGUGAUGAAGGCUCCAAGGAGAGGAGAGGUAGCGGUGGCCAUCAAGACAUUGAAGCCAGGCUACACAGAGAAGCAGAAGCAGGAUUUCCUGAGUGAAGCUAGCAUCAUGGGCCAGUUUUCCCACCAGAACAUAAUCCGCCUGGAGGGAGUCAUCACCAAGUGUGAGUUCCUGCUCUCAGACAGUCUGCGUCCCAAAUGGCACCCUAUUCCCAAUGUAGUGCACUACUUUUGACCCGAGACCUAUUGUCAAAAGUAGUGCACUAAAGGGAAUAUGAUGCCAUUUGGAACGUAGCGCUGAGUGACUACUGAUUGAUCCUCUACUGAUUCACUGAAUAGAAAUGUACAGUGGGGAAAAAAGUAUUUAGUCAGCCACCAAUUGUGCAAGUUCUCCCACUUAAAAAGAUGAGAGAGGCCUGUAAUUUUCAUCAUAGGUACACGUCAACUAGAUUUUUUUUCUCCAGAAAAUCACAUUGUAGGAUUUUUUAUGAAUUUAUUUGCAAAUUAUGGUGGAAAAUAAGUAUUUGGUCACCUACAAACAAGCAAGAUUUCUGGCUCUCACAGACCUGUAACUUCUUCUUUAAGAGGCUCCUCUGUCCUCCACUCGUUACCUGUAUUAAUGGCACCUGUUUGAACUUGUUAUCAGUAUAAAAGACACCUGUCCACAACCUCAAACAGUCACACUCCAAACUCCACUAUGGCCAAGACCAAAGAGCUGUCAAAGGACACCAGAAACAAAAUUGUAGACCUGCACCAGGCUGGGAAGACUGAAUCUGCAAAAGGUAAGCAGCUUGGUUUGAAGAAAUCAACUGUGGGAGCAAUUAUUAGGAAAUGGAAGACAUACAAGACCACUGAUAAUCUCCCUCGAUCUGGGGCUCCACGCAAGAUCUCACCCCGUGGGGUCAAAAUGAUCACAAGAACGGUGAGCAAAAAUCCCAGAACCACACGGGGGGACCUAGUGAAUGACCUGCAGAGAGCUGGGACCAAAGUAACAAAGCCUACCAUCAGUAACACACUACGCCGCCAGGGACUCAAAUCCUGCAGUGCCAGACGUGUCCCCCUGCUUAAGCCAGUACAUGUUCAGGCCCGUCUGAAGUUUGCUAGAGUGCAUUUGGAUGAUCCAGAAGAGGAUUGGGAGAAUAUCAUAUGGUCAGAUGAAACCAAAAUAUAACUUUUUGGUAAAAACUAAACUCGUCGUGUUUGGAGGACAAAGAAUGCUGAGUUGCAUCCAAAGAACACCAUACCUACUGUGAAGCAUGGGGGUGGAAACAUCAUGCUUUGGGGCUGUUUUUCUGCAAAGGGACCAGGACGACUGAUCCGUGUAAAGGAAAGAAUGAAUGGGGCCAUGUAUCGUGAGAUUUUGAGUGAAAACCUCCUUCCAUCAGCAAGGGCAUUGAAGAUGAAACGUGGCUGGGUCUUUCAGCAUGACAAUGAUCCCAAACACACCGCCCGGGCAAUGAAGGAGUGACUUCGUAAGAAGCAUUUCAAGGUCCUGGAGUGGCCUAGCCAGUCUCCAGAUCUCAACCCCAUAGAAAAUCUUUGGAGGGAGUUGAAAGUCCGUGUUGCCCAGCGACAGCCCCAAAACAUCACUGCUCUAGAGGAGAUCUGCAUGGAGGAAUGGGCCAAAAUACCAGCAACAGUGUGUGAAAACCUUGUGAAGACUAACAGAAAACAUUUGACCUGUGUCAUUGCCAACAAAGGGUAUAUAACAAAGUAUUGAGAAACUUUUGUUAUUGACCAAAUACUUAUUUUCCACCAUAAUUUGCAAAUAAAUUCAUUAAAAAUCCUACAAUGUGAUUUUCUGGAUUUUCUUUUCUCAUUUUGUCUGUCAUAGUUGACGUGUACAUAUGAUGAAAAUUACAGGCCUCUCUCAUCUUUUUAAGUGGGAGAACUUGCACAAUUGGUGGCUGACUAAAUACUUUUCCCCCCACUGUAUUAGUUAUUAUGAAGUUAUUUGCCUUAUCUAGUAACAUCCCCUAUUUCCCAUCUCUACCAUACUGUGCCUCUUUUGUUGACAUGAAGUACUAAAUUUGUCCCUUUUUAUCUUUUUCUUCAAGCAGUCAAACAUGCCAUGAUUGUGACAGAAUACAUGGAGAAUGGAGCGCUUGACAACUAUCUAAAGGACCGUGAUGGGGAGAUGUCAUCGUACCAGCUGGUGGGCAUGCUGCGUGGCAUCGCGGCCGGCAUGAAGUACCUUUCUGACAUGAGCUAUGUGCACCGAGACCUGGCUGCCCGCAACGUUCUGGUCAACAGCAAUCUGGACUGCAAGGUGUCUGACUUCGGCCUGUCCCGCGUUCUGGAGGACGAUCCUGAGGGCACCUACACCACCAGCGUGAGUCAAACAUCCAUAGUACUGAUAUUAAUGUAUGGGAACAGUGGGGUAUUACAAUCUACCAUGUGCUAUGCACUUAAUAGCCUUCCCAUGUAUUUACUUUUAAUUGGGUACAAAUGAUUGAUGUUGUUGACAGACCCUCACUCAGCCUCCUAAACCUUUACAUUAGUAAUAGCCAUGCCUCUAGUGAAUACAUUCCCUUCAGUCUCAUUCUUAUGAUUUGUUCUUGUUGCCGUUCCUUCAGGGAGGGAAGAUCCCCAUCCGCUGGACCGCCCCAGAGGCUAUCGCGUACAGGAAGUUCACCUCGGCCAGCGACGUGUGGAGCUUCGGUAUAGUCAUGUGGGAAGUCAUGGCCUUCGGAGAACGACCCUACUGGGACAUGAGCAACCAUGAGGUAUGCCCUACACUUAAUCCGUCACAUUUCCUUCACUCCCUUCUCUGUUUUAUGGAAAUAACAGAGUGCUGUAGGUCUGGAUAAACACAAGGGCUCUGUGAUGCAUCAUCUCUGGGUAUUUAUCCUGGGUGGAGUGUUUAAAACAACCCACUAAGGGCCUCUAAGUCAAAAUAGUUCCCACAGUCCUCUUCACAUAAAACUGUUAGUGCCCACAUGCAUUAACACAAAACAUAUUCUUACAGUCUGUUGGCUUAGGGUCCUUAAGAAUACAGUGGGCUGGAUCAUAAACACCAGAUCUGUGAGAACACAGUCUAAACCCCUCUUCUUCCUCAGGUGAUGAAGGCCAUUAACGAGGCCUUCCGGCUGCCUGCACCCAUGGACUGUCCAUCCACCGUUUACCAGCUGAUGCUGCAGUGUUGGCUGCAGGACCGCUCCAAACGACCUCGCUUCCCAGACAUCGUCAACAUCCUGGACAAACUGCUCCGGAGCCCAGAGUCUCUGAAAACCAUUGCUGACUUUGAUCCCCGGUAAGAUGUGAAUUAAUGAAGCUGAUCUCCCCUGGACUUGACAGUUGAUAUUUUUCACAUACUUUGAAUAUAACGUUUACUUACCAAUCUAUUUCCCCGUUUUUUCUACACAGUGUGUCCAUCCGCCUUCCCAGCACCAGUGGCUGUGACGGCUCCCCCUUCAGGUCUGUGCCGGAAUGGCUGGAGUCCAUCAAGAUGAGCCAGUACACUGAGAGCUUUGCCUGCGCUGGAAUCACAACCAUGGAGCAGGUGCUGGCCAUGAGGCAUGAGUAAGUACUACACACAUGUACAGUAACAAUGCACCAUCCUCACCACAUUACAUGGGCUUAGUAGGGACACUGCCAUGUUUGAACAUACAGUAAGAGUAUUCAGAUCUUUGUUAAGCAUUUGUUGUCCGGUAUGCCACACUCUCAUAUAUGGAAUGCUACACUCUCAUUCACGGAAUGCUGCACUCAUCCACUGCCCCACCCUAAAUAGCACCACUGGCUGUAUCAUGUCCAAGUAGGAAGUUGCAAAUACAAUCAUAUUUUAUCUUCGUGCUACCUAUUGGUUUGAAUGUGAAACAUUUUCCUAACAGCUCCUGUCUCUAUCUUUCGUCUCUCUCAGGGACAUCAGGAACAUUGGCGUGCGGUUACCAGGUCACAUGAAGAGAAUCGCCUACAGCAUCGUUGGACUUAAAGACCAGACCAGCUCUCUCAGUGUUUGCAGUACAGUGUUUGCAGUGUGA